GCAGGAGGUGACGUGGAACAUGCGCGAGACCAGGUUUAAUCAUGACGUUAUAUAAAUAUGGCAGUAUUUACGCGUUAGUUCAUUAGUGUCCGGUUUCUGGAGUUAUUAAUGCUUAGCUAUAACUUAGCUGUUUAGCAUAUGUGAUAUUGUAAACGAGAGGUUACCCUCUCACUUACCAGCUGUUAUUAAAGGUCGCCUGUGAGGACUGGCUGCUCUGCUCGGCAGUCACUGAUUAACACUCUGCACUGAUCUCACAGCAUGGCUGACGAACUGAAGUUUCAAGAGUUUGAGGAGGCUACAGAUCUUCUGUCUGCUGACCCGGGCGCCUCCACAAUCAGCGCCUCCACUCCAGGCAGUGCCGGUGCAGCUGCCACCUCUUCCUCAGAUGUAAGACUGAACCUGUCAGAUGAUGAGGAGAACCAGCAAGAGAGCUCCGGGUUACUCGGGGGUGAAAAGCAAACCAGCGGCUUCUGGACAUUUGAAUACUAUCAGUCUUUUUUCAAUGUUGAUACCGUGCAGGUGUUGGACAGGAUCAAAGGGUCACUUAUACCUUUACCAGGACGGAAUUUCAUCAAACAUCACAUUCGCAGUAACCCAGAUUUAUACGGGCCGUUUUGGAUAUGUGUCUCUCUAGUCUUUUCUGUGGUCAUUAGUGGGAACCUCUCUACCUUUUUAAGUCAGAUGGGUGACCCUCACUAUCACUAUAGACCACAAUUCCACAGAGUGACGAUUGCAGCACUUGCUGUGUUCCUCUACGCAUGGCUCGUACCGCUGGGUGUGUGGGGCUUCAUGACUUGGCGACAGAACACCUCGCGACAGAUGAGUGCCUACUCUUUUCUGGAGACAGUGUGCGUCUAUGGCUACUCUCUCUUCAUUUACAUUCCUACUUCAAUAUUAUGGAUCAUUCCCUUCGGAUGGCUGCAGUGGCUCUUAAUUCUAAUUGCCAUGUUGGUCUCUGGCUCAUUGUUGGUCAUCACCUUUUGGCCAGCGGUUCGUGACGACAGCAAAACGACAGCGUUUGCUGUUAUAGCAGCCAUUGUGCUGCUCCAUGCUCUGCUAGCGAUCGGCUGCAAGUUAUACUUCUUCCAAACAGCAGUGCGAACUCAAUCAACCAUCUCUCCACUGCCUCCCUCGAUUGUGAAUCAUACGGCACUGACCACUGUGAGCAAAUCAAACUAACCAGCGAUGAUUUUAGGCUAGGGGAAAAAUGUUACUACUAGUAUAAAACCCCCAUUUCUUAGUGCAUUACUGAUCUGAAAAUCUCAAGCAAUAUGAAGAUGGAUACAACUUUAGCCGCCAUGGACUCAAAUUUGUCUUUGGGUAACUCGAAGGUAAAUCUAUUUACUCAGAUUAUUAUGAAUAUAUAGUUUGAAGAUUUGUGCAUCUCUAUAUUGAGGUAAUGAAUUUGGGGUACUUGUGCUGAAAAUAAGCCCUGUUAUUAUAAAUAUAAUUCAUUAUGUGA